AUGCUCCUCCAGUACCUCGUCGCGGCCCUCGCGCCGACAGUCGCGCUCGCCGCCAUCCCCAUCGGCUGCGGCCCUUGGACGAGGGUCCAUCCAGACUCGUACAUCCAGCCCUGCGGCGGAGGAAGCGUCGACGGCAACGUCUUCCACCUCCCUUCGCAGCCCGACGGCAGCACCGACGGUCCCGGCUGCAGCAGCGGCCAUCUACGCGCCGAGGAGCGUGUGCGUAACGACUACAGUUCUGGCGUGCACCAGUUCAGCGGGCAGUUCACCAUCCAGUCCUUUGGGGGCGACCGCGUCUCGCUCAAGCAGACCUUUCACGGCGACGAGGGCGCCUGGUUCAUGAUGGCUGUCGAGCAGUCUGGGCGUCUGUACAACGUGCACGACCAGGAGACCAUUGCGUACGAGGGCGUCGCCGCGGUCGGCGAGACGGUCCAGGUCAACACGGUGCACGACCUGGACGCUGGGGAGAUCACCGUCUACAUCAACGGCGAGGAGAAGUACACGACGAGCUCGCCGGACGGCAGCUUUUAUGACAAGUACGGCGCCUAUGCGACCAACAGUGGCUCGGGGCCUAUGGAGGUCACCUGGAGCGACGUUGCGUUCUGGAGGCGCUGA